CAAUCGCGCAUCCUUCGUUUAACUUCGAAAUCACUUGCCAUUCCUUGAAUUCCUCCGUGUCGAGCAGAGUUCUCUGCUUGGAGGUUUGUGCUCUUGACCGAGACCUAGUGUAUGACAACGACAAGAACCUGCAGUAGCCGAACGGAGCAGCAGUUGGUCGAGGCCACGCGACGGCCUCGACGUGGCCUCGUAAUUGACAACUUCUCGCGGGCUCCAGCCACUGGCGUCUGGUACUACCGAGUGGACGUGUCUGUCCACGAAGAGGAGCUCCUGUCGACGUUAAUCGACGAAAACGAGAGCGAUGAUGGUGACGACAAUUCCAGCGAUGCCGAGUCGGUGCUGGACGUCGAGCACUACUCUAUACUGAGACGCUACAACGACUUUUUGAAGCUAUACAAGCAGAUUCGCGUCGUGGUUGCAGCCUCGGAGGGAGUCACUAACAGCUUACCUCCUUUCCCAGUGAAAGAGUACAUUUCGCCAGCGCUGGUAGGUCUGCUCUGGCGAGUGUCAUCAUCCAAGGCGGUCUUAAAGGAACGACGCGCCAAAUUCGAGGCAUUGCUGCAAUGGAUUGAGAAUCACCCCACUGCUCGGAAUUGCCCUGCAUUUGUUGAGUUCCUCGGAAAACCUCCGCAAACGAGGGACGGCUAUGUCAGUCUCAAAGAGUACACGUCGCCCGACUGGUUGUCGUCUCUGCAGCAAGUGACACAGGGCGUCGAGGGCCGUAAGCGUCGGUAUUCCGCUGACAGCUCCGCUAUCCGAUCACUUCUGGAGCGAUCGAACUCUGACGCCUCUGGGAUCUUCGGGUCUUCUCGUCGUCAACGUCUCCAAGCUGUCAAGGAGACACCGUCGACGCGUGUGUUGGGUAAGCGACGAAGCCGUUCUGUCCACCAGAAUCGACGUCUCGAACCCCCCUGCAAGAAGGUGGCGCUACCGGCAGGUGCUAUCGAUUCCCUACAACUGCCCAACGCAGAUCAAGUUCCUCAUGCGCCGCAGUCGCGCGGUAAGAGGAAGGUUGCUCAAGUGGAAGGCAACAGCCGUAAGAAGCAAUGCGUCUGUUAGAGUGGAUGGAAAACACAGACCAUAAAUCUUGU